CGUUAUUCCACAUCUGACUUCCCUGCCGUUCCUCAUGACCGCCGCCACCAAAGUUGCCGAUGCCGCCCACAAGAUCGUUGUCGCGGGGCUCUUGAGCGCCACUGCCUUUGGGCUGUAUGAUGUCACACGAGGUUUCACAGUGAUGUACUCGCGAAACGCGGAGCGACAGCGCGCUUACGAAGCUCAACAAGCGCAAGCGGCUUCAGGACAGCAACCGACCUCGUCCGCAUAGGACAACGACGCCGCCCGGCCUUCUUCCCAGAAGUUACUACUGUUUACCGUGAACGCAGUAUCAAGCAAGGCAUCCUCGUGCUUCAAGCGAAAUAGAGUUGCGAUGAGUGAUAUUGCGCGGCCUCGGGGUGCACAUCUAGCGUUUGAUAUCUAACAGGAACUUCAUUUUUUAAGCGUCA